AUGUACGUCACCCCCCGCUCACGACGACUUCUACAUUUCUUCCCUGUGCUUGAACGAAACUGCCUCCAUGCCAGUACCCCUCGUACCCGACGAAAGCUCGUCAUCUCGUCCUCGACUCUCCGUACCCAACGGAACCUCGUCAACUCCCCGGCCCCUCGUCCUCGGCUCCUCAUCCUCGGCAUCGCAGCCAUGUCGCAGUUCAAAGAUAUCAUUAAAAACGGGUGGCACCCGGAAAAGGAGGGCACGACGAUACGGGGCCAGGUGAGCGGGCUCGUCGGACGCAAGUCGGCCGGCAACGACCGCUCCAACCACGUCUCCCGGCCACUCUCCGAACUCAAGGACGCCUCGACUUUUGCCCCCCCUCCGAGGAGGGUAGGGACACCUGGCGCCCCGUCUCCGAGCCCUCCCAUCAGGAGCCCUCCGGCGACGAGCGCGAGCGCGAGCGGACGACAGCAAGGCUCCGCUGAGCCGCCGCCGCCGCCACCUCGCAGGCCUGGCGCGGUGCAUGGAAAUGACGGCGAAUCCUCCUCCGACCCGGGCGGAUCCGCUUCCCGCUCUCUGCCUCCACGGUUGCCGCCGAGGGAGAAUGCAUCGCCGGGCAGUGGCCAUCUGCCUCGAGGAGCGGUGGACAGGUUGGGCGCCGCAGGCGUCUCCGUCCCCGGUCUCGGCAUCGGGCGAUCUGGACCUGCCAGUUCGACGCCGCCCAGUCUCCCGCCUCCGCCGCGAACCGUGGGCGCGUCUGCGGCGAUGAAGGGCGGUCUCGGGAGUCUCGGCACGCAGGUGAACGCGCUGCAGUCCCGCCUCUCCACGGCGGACACGUCGACGGGCGCCAAGGGCGGCUCUGCGGGCACCACGGGCGGCUCUACGGGUGGAGGCACAACCUGGGCGCAGAAGCAGGCGGCGCUCAAGACAGCUUCGGCCAUCCACAAGGACCCCUCGUCCGUCUCCUUCUCGGAUGCAAAGGCGGCGGCCAGCACGGCCAACAACUUCCGCCAACGGCACGGCGACCAAGUGGCCGCCGGCAUCAAGAGCGCGAGCGAACUCGACCAAAAGUACGGAGUCAGGGACAAGGUCGGUGCCUACGCGUCGGAUGCGGGUCAGGAUGCGGGUCAAGCUUCAGGUCAAGGCCGUGCUGGGUCGGAGUCGGCCACGGCGUCGCUGGCGACAACCCUCGCCGGCGCCGUGCCCGGCCUCGCGGGGAAGAAGAAGCCGCCGCCGCCUCCGCCGCCGAAGAGGGCUGGUGUGGCUGCGGCCGUCAACGGCGACACGGCUCCCCCAGUUCCAACAUCGACGCGGCCGACGUAUUGA